AUGGAGGAGGUUCUGGUCGAGACGGCUUUAAAUGAUUUGGUUCUUGGGGAUACUGGAUCAACCAUUGGUCAGUUCUUGGUGGCGAACAUGAACAACGAAUCGUGUCGAAGAUUGCUGCAUUUGUCACAGAGCUUAAGGCCUUCAAGUCACAGAGCCCUGUCUCUGGCUGCUCAAAUCAAGACCCUCGAGGAAAACAAUCGACAGCUUCAGAUUCACCUCUCGGUAGCUCAAGGGGAGGUCAUGCUAUUGUCUGAUGAGAUUGGUCGGCUGUUGGAGGAUAAAGAAGACAGCAGCCCAGACCCAGAUUUUGCCAGGAAACCACCCGCUAGUAGUUCAUCCGUGAAGUUGCGUCAAAACAAAAGACCAUGGGAAUCGUCGAAGUCGGAAGAUUGAUUGUCGCUUCAUUGUCCUUCAUGUUUA